GCAUGGAGAAGCUUAAUUUUGUUAAGAAUGGAGUAAUUAAACUACCUCCAGGUUUUAGAUUCCAUCCUACUGACGAAGAGCUCGUCGUUCAUUAUCUGAAGCGCAAGGUCUUCUCUUGCCCAUUGCCCGCUUCAAUCAUCCCUGAGGUCGAUGUCUGCAAGAACGAUCCGUGGGAUUUGCCAGGUGAUUUGGAGCAAGAGAGGUACUUCUUUAGCACCAAAGAAGCCAAGUAUCCAAAUGGGAACAGAUGCAAUAGAGCAACAGGUUCCGGUUAUUGGAAAGCCACUGGAAUUGACAGGAAAAUCGUAGCUUCUAACCAUGUUGUAGGGAUUAAGAAGACCCUGGUUUUCUACAGAGGGAAGCCUCCUCAUGGGUCUAGAACCGAUUGGAUCAUGCAUGAAUAUCGACUCGCUGGCUCUGCAACUGUUCCCUGCAUUUUCCCACAAAAGAAAAACUUAACCCAGAAUUCUGCCACGCAAGUGGAAGAUUGGGUUCUCUGUCGCAUAUUUUUGAAGAGGAGGAGUACUAAAAAUGAUGAUGAGGUCUUCUCACAACCCUCGAAAGAGAACAAAGUUAGUAAUAUCGGUACGGCUCGGCCUAGUUUCAUUGAUUUCAUGAUGGUCAGAGACAAGAACGACUCAGCUCCUGCUCCUUCUUCAUCUUCUUCCUCGUGUUCAGGUUCGAGUGGAAUUACAGAAGUAUGUUCCGGUGGAUCUGAUCAUGAAGAAAGCAGCAGCUGUAACAGUUUUUCUUCAUCUUAUUGUAGGAGAGGUCCAUGAAAACUCUUUCAGUUGGUCUUGUAUCAGAAAUUGAGGAUUCACAAUCCCCACCCGGCAAUGAGAAUAAAAAUCAUAGUUAAAUUUAA